AUGGCACCUUUGGGUCAAACAAUCGCUGUGAUUGACAAGUCCGGCAAAGUUGUGAGCACCAGCAAGCAAUUAUUUGGUGUUUUCAGCCAUGCCAAAAACGCCUAUCGCGAGCGCAAAUCCGCCUUCCAAUCAGAACGCAAUGCAAAAAUUGCGGAGCAACAAGCACUCCAGGGACUUGCCAACUAUCAGAUCGACGACGCACCGUCGGUAGCCCCAUCUCGACGAAGUCGUGGAACUCGAUCAAGACACCACAGCGGCCGCAGCCACCGUGCUGCGUCCCACUACGAUGAUGAACAGACAGUAGUAUCGCGGCAGGACUCUCAUUAUGAGCGCCCGCAGACAAUUGCCCGUCGCCAUACUCAUCACGAUGUGUCGGUCCGGGACGCCCCUCGCCCAUCAACGGCUCGGUCAAGAUCCGACGCGAAUAUCGACAUGGAUCUUGCAUAUGGAGACGCCUCUCAUGCAGCCUUAUCGCGAUACAACCCCCCAGAGCCCAAAAAUGACCAACAACAACUUGAUGGUCUGGUCAACAAGGCACAGUGGCUUCUCGAAGAAGCCCACUGUAUGCAACAUGGUGCUACCGCGACUAUCGCCCAUCUCCAGAAGAACCCAGAUGCCAUGGCCGCCGUCGCCUUGACUCUCGCGGAGAUCAGCAACCUGGGCGGCAAGAUGGCGCCCGCCGCAUUAACCGCCAUCAAGUCAGCCGCGCCCGCCGUCUUCGCUCUCCUUUCCAGUCCUCAAUUCCUCAUCGCUGCCGGUGUCGGUCUAGGUGUGACGGUGGUCAUGUUUGGAGGAUACAAGAUUAUCCAAAGAAUUAAAGCCGGCGCUAUCGGGGAAGAAGGAAAGCCCGCCGAGACGGAAAUGGAAAUGGAAGAAAUGAUGGAGUUGAACACAGAAGAUCUCAGUUCUGUGGAGAUGUGGAGACGCGGCGUCGCUGACGAGCAAGCCUACAGCCUUGGAACAUCUGUUGACGGCGAAUUCAUCACACCCACUGCAGCGGCCAUGUCUGGCAUCGAUGUGACCACUGCCCGUGCGCGACGGGAUCCUCGUUUCAAAUUUGAAGAAGAUGCCUCGGUCGCUUCAUCCCGUCGCUCCCGCCGUUCACGUACCACCCGAGCUCCGACACAUGCACCAUCGCAUGCACCGUCAGAGCGGCACGAACGGAGAUCAAAGGCUCCCUCGGAGGCACCGAGUGGAUUCUUUGGACGAAGCUCCUCCAGGUCCAAGGCACCAUCGAAAGCCCCUAGCAGGGCACCUAGCAGAAGCAGAGCUCCUAGUCGAGUCCCCAGCAAUGCCCCCAGUCGCGCCCCAUCUAAACAUAGCACUUAUGUCUCCGAAACCGAAAAACGGCCAAAGGAGAAAAAGAAGGGUCCCAGCCGACUACGACUCAUGUUCACCUCUUCCUCUUGA